AUGGUCUGCAACCAGGAGAAGCCGGCCAAAGAGGAGAGGGUGGAGGAGGAGGAGGAGGAGAAACCGCCAAAGAGGAGGACGGAGCCCCCGGAGCUGAAGCGGCGGCGGGAGGCCAGCAUCCGCCUCCAGGCCUGGUGGCGCGGCACGCUGGUGCGCCGGACGCUGCUGGCGGCCGCACUGCGGGCCUGGCUCCUGCAGCUGUGGUGGCGGCGGCGGCUGUGCUGGCGGCGCUGGGGGCUGCGGCGCCGGCUGGUGCACGUCUACGCCCUGGAGGAGCUGGGCGCCGUGCGGCUGCAGUCCUGGUUCCGCAUGUGGCAGUGCCAGCGCGGCUACUGCCGGACGCGCCGCGCCAUCUGCCUCUCCGCGGACCCCGAGAGCUGCUUCCACCUGCAGAUCCAGGACCCCCUGGCUCCCCAGGACCCAGAGGCUCCCCAGGGCCCAGAGGCUCCCCAGGGCCCAGAGGCUCCCCAGGGCCCAGAGGCUCCCCAGGACCCAGAGGCUCCCCAGGGCCCACGGGCUCCCCAGGGUCCACGGGCUCCCCAGGACCCACAGGCCCCACCGGUGGGGCGCAUGGGCGCCAACAAAGACCUGCAGUUCUGUGUGGAGAUCCUAACUGUGUAG